GCCGCUGCGGGCGGCGGCAGCGGCAGGCGGCGCGGCGAUGGGCGAGGCGGAGGGCGGCUCGGCGGCCGCUGUGGAGAAGCCGCCGCUGCCCGCGGCCGGGCCGGGGGCCGCCGCGGCCGUCGCUGCCGCCGCCGCUGCCGUUGCGGCCGCCGCGGCGGCAGCGGCCGCCGCUCCGGAGCCCGGCGCGCCGGCGGAGGAGGCGGUGGUGGUGUGGAGCCCUGAAGUGGAGGUUUGCCUUUUCCACGCCAUGCUGGGCCACAAGCCCGUAGGUGUGAAUCGCCAUUUCCACAUGAUUUGUAUCCGAGAUAAAUUCAGCCAGAAUAUUGGACGGCAGAUUUCAUCCAAAGUGAUUUGGGACCAUCUGAGCACCAUGUAUGAUAUGCAAGCUCUUCACGAGUCUGAGAUUCUUCCAUUCCCUAAUAUAGAGAAGAAUUUUGCUCUUCCUGAUGAAAUGAUUCAAGAAGUGAGAGAAGGAAAAGUAAUGAUAGAAGAAGAAGUGAAAGAGGAAAUAAAAGAAGAGAUGGAAACGCAUGCAGGUCCAGAAGAAGUUUUUGCACCCUCUGGAAGUUUAGGAAAAACAACUGAAAAGCCAAGCAGCAAAGAGAAAGAGAAAACUUCAUCAGAUUCUGGGUCCAAAGAAGGAUCUGAUAAGAGGAAGCGCAACAGAGUCACUGAAAAGGUCUUAAACGCAAACAGUAAUCCUUCCAGUCCAAGUGCUGCAAAACGACGCAGAACAUAAAGCAAGCUGUGAAAGAGAGAAGUAAUAAACUCUGGAACGUGAGGAGGGAACAGUAAAAACGAGUAGCAGCAUAGUCGCUACAUAAACUUUUUGAGAAGGGGAAAAGAUAUCUAAGCCAGGUAUUGAAGAAUCUGCACAUUGGCUUUAUACAUGCAAGACUUCGUCUGUCUUUCCUGAUGUGUUUUCUAGUCAGCAGUGAGUAGCUGAGCGAUGGCUGCCUUCUCAGGGCACUGGGGGAGAAAGCUGGCAGCAUUAAGAGUUUAUGCGUAUGUAACAACUCCGGUGGUUGCAUUUCAAACAAGUAACACACUCUGUGUCAGCACAGUUCAUGAAACAAGUGCUCAGUGAAACAUGGAGCCUCAGUUCACAAAAAGCAUAGGUUAUUUCUGUAAAUUUUGGAUUGUUUUUUCUGCCUUUGCUUUGUUGCUGUCUUUGAAUAUUACAGACCCUCUGUGGGUAAUGUUGUUUGGCCAUUUGACUUACUGCAAACAAAGCGUUUGUAUCAAAUGUCUGAAUUCGUUGGUUCAGUAAAACUAAAAUUCUUUUAAAUACAGGUAACUACUGAGUUGAAGUGUUCUUUCACUCUGUUUGCUGGAGGAACCUUUACUUCUUUCACCCUUAGUGACGUAACAUUUUCCAGUCUUUUUAAGUGUAUAUACUGUAAGUGAAGUGAAAAUGACAAUGCCCCUAGGCAGGAUAAUUAAUAAGUGUCCUAAAUAAAAUAUCCAGUGAUGUCACAUGGUUUUGUAAGGGAUCAGCUGAGCCGUGCAUGAACCUGGAGAUGUUGCCUCAUCCAUUUGUAAUAUAGGAGUAUAUAACAGUGGGUUUUGUACUUCAUUAUUUAUUUUUUUAAUGCAGUUUUAGUAGACCUUAAUGGAAUUGGUAUUCCAAAAUGUUAAUUUCAUUUUACAACUUAAGAAUCUUACUGACAUUGUAAUGGUUAUCUUUAAUAUGCUAGAAUAUUAAGAUUUUAUGAAGUUAACUAUUUUUGUGUUGUGAAAAGAUGGAUCGCAAUCAACAAACGUUAAAUGGUGAAUGAAGUAGGCUGAAAUGUUACUGGAUUUGUUUCACCAUAUUAACUAUCAGUUAAUAAAAAGAAGAAUUACUUCUUAAUCUGUCAGUGUUGCCUUCAAGGUGAGGAACUUAGGAAUCUACUAGUUUUUGCUUUUAUUCUAGGUACGUAGCCAAGUUCUUGUCUGCCUUAUUUGCUUCAGUUGUUUUAUAGCAAGAAUAAAUUUGACUUGUUUUUAUUUUACUAAAUGGUAGUUGUUGUGUAACUUGAUUAAAAUUUGGCCCAACUUAUUCUGAAA